GCGGGGCUCCUUGGGGGCAGAUGGUGCAGCUCUGAUCACAGACCGGGGAGCCUGUCACCUCUGCCUGGUACUUGCUGAGGGCAGGAAGCCAUGAACUAUGAGAACUGAUUGAGAUGACUGGGAUGGACUUUUCCUUUAGAAUUUCAUCAGGAGUUGCUGGUUACAGCUAAAAGGUUGCUGCACCACAAGGGCACUGGGAUUGGAAAAGCUAUGGUGAAAGGCCACUGAGCAUUACCAAGGAUGGGAGUGGUGAGCAGCAAAAAGCAGGUCAAGGAGAAGAGUAAGGGCCGAUGGAGCCCUGUGAAGGUCAGCACCUCAAACAGAGAGCCCCCACCGCUGCCACCCCUGAUCAUGUUUAACCACCUGGCUCCUGCACCUCCCGACACAUGCCCUGAUCAAGAGGAGCAUUUCGUGGUGGCGCUAUAUGACUACUCGGCAGUGAAUGACCGUGACCUGCAGAUGCUGAAGGGAGAGAAGCUGCAGAUCCUAAAAGAAGCUGGAGACUGGUGGUUGGCCAAGUCUCUCGUCACAGGAAGAGAAGGCUACGUGCCCAGCAACUUUGUGGCCCGAGUAGAGACCCUGGAAGUGGAAAAGGGGCUGCACAUAGGGACCUGUGACAGCCACUUUUUAACUGGAGAGGAGGUGAUGACAGCAACAUCUGGGGGAGGAGGGGGGCUGGACUGUGCCUUUUCCCUGUCUGUGAAGGACGUGACCGCCCAGGGGGAGAUGAUCAAACACUAUAAGAUCCGUUCCUUAGAUGAAGGGGGCUAUUACAUCUCCCCCCGGGUCACCUUCCCCGCUCUCCAGGAUUUGGUGCAGUACUAUUCCAAGAAGGGGGAUGGUUUAUGCCAGAGGCUGACCCAACCCUGUGUGAACCUGGAUCCUCAGAACCCCUGGGCCCAGGAUGAAUGGGAAAUCCCCCGGCAGUCUCUCAGGCUGGUCAGGAAACUCGGGUCUGGGCAGUUUGGUGAAGUCUGGAUGGGUUAUUACAAAAACAACACGAAGGUGGCCAUCAAGACCUUGAAAGAGGGAACCAUGUCCCCAGAGGCCUUCCUGGGCGAGGCUAACCUGAUGAAAACUCUCCAGCAUGAGAGGCUGGUCCGUCUCUACGCCGUAGUCACGAAGGAGCCCAUCUACAUCGUGACCGAGUACAUGGCCAGAGGAUGCUUGCUGGAUUUCUUGAAGACAGAUGAAGGUAGCAGAUUGUCCCUCUCAAGACUGAUCGACAUGUCAGCCCAGAUUGCUGAAGGAAUGGCGUAUAUCGAGAAAAUGAAUUCAAUUCACCGCGACCUCAGGGCGGCCAACGUCCUGGUGUCCGAGACCUUGUGCUGCAAAAUCGGUGACUUUGGCUUGGCCCGGAUCAUCGACAGUGAAUAUACCGCUCAAGAGGGGGCCAAGUUCCCCAUCAAGUGGACCGCCCCAGAGGCCAUCCAUUUUGGGGUGUUCACUAUCAAAGCAGACGUUUGGUCCUUUGGCAUCCUCCUGAUGGAAAUCAUCACUUAUGGGCGGGUCCCCUACCCAGGAAUGAACAACCCCGAGGUCAUCCGCUGCCUGGAGCGCGGCUACCGCAUGCCGCGCCCAGACUCGUGCCCGCCGGAGCUGUACCACGGCGUCAUCGCCGAGUGCUGGCGGAGCCGGCCAGAGGAGAGGCCCACAUUCGAGUUCCUGCAGUCAGUGCUCGAGGACUUCCAGACGGCCACCGAGCGCCAGUAUGAGCUGCAGCCCUAGCCGGUCCGGGGGAUGUGUCGGCGCUGCGGGGCGCCCAGGUGGAUGGAGUCAGAGCAUCCCAGCUCCGGAAUGACGCACACCUGUGGCCCGACCCACAGAACUGGAGGCGUGUUCACCUUGUGACUCUUGUUCCAGCUCCAGAUAGGCUGGAAAGGCAGGGAGGGAUUGGUACCCCUAUUUCUCGGAUGAAACUAGAGGCGGCCUGGCAGUGGGUCACAGCUUGGACUCUGAGCCGGAUACAACCGCAGUCACACCCUACUCUGGCUGUGUGUCCUUGGGCAAGUUACUUAGCCUCUCUGUGCCUCCGCUUCUUCCUUUGUACAACUGGAAGUACCAUUAUAGUACCUACCUCGUAUGUCCCUCAUAAGGAUUACAGUAGUUAACCCUGGUAAGAUGUUCAUGUGUUUGUCAUCAUAUAAGGCUCCCUUGUGCUGGCGCAGGUGACGGGGAGUGCCAUGCUCCCACUUGCGCGACCGCCCCCCCCACCCCGUGCGACUCCCUUUCCGCCACCAAGAAGCAGAACUGGGUCCUUCAAGACGUGGGUUCUGAGAAGGGACCACCUGCACAGGCUCUGAGCUGGGAGCCCUGCCCCAGACUGAGCUCCAGCGCUUUGGGACUUUGCCAUAAUAAAGU